CUAAAGGUGGGGUAUUCAAAGAAAAUGACACUAAGAUGACCAAAGAGGACGGAGCUGGGCACGUGAAUGUGGACGAAGUAAACGGCGAUGCAGUACAUCACAAAGGAGAAAUAGCAUCAAAAAUAUGUGAAGUCACUCCACUGAAGCCAGCCAAAGGUAAUGUUCACUUCAAAAUUCUGGUACCGUCGAUUGCUGCUGGUGCAAUCAUCGGCAAAGGCGGUGAAGCAAUAACAGAGAUUCAAAAUCAAACAUCAGCCAAAGUGAAGAUGUCCAAAGCAAAUGCCUUCUAUCCAGGUACAACUGAACGAGUGUGCUUAAUUGUUGGUACUAUUGAAAGCAUACUCCGUGUAUUUCAAUAUAUAUCUGAAAAAAUUUAUGAGAAACCAGAAUCUGUUCCAAGAACUGGCUGCGAAGGUCGAAUACCUACUGAGAGGCAUAAACAGGUCAAGAUUCUAGUACCCAACAGUACUGCUGGCAUGAUUAUAGGAAAGGGUGGCAGCUUCAUUAAAGAACUGAAAGACACAACAGGAGUAUUUAUCCAGGUUUCUCAAAAGUCUAAAGAGCUUAAUUUGGCUGAAAGAUGCGUUACUGUGGCAGGUAACUCCAGGUUUUAUUUGUUUAUGAUUGAUAUGCAUAAAUCGCAACAUUAA